AUGCAAUCCGCCGCCGGACCGCCCGGCGGGUCCAACCCGAAGCGGGCGACUGGCCGUUCGCACCGCUCGGCCGACGGGGCGAGCCCGGCGGCCCUCGAUCGCUCGCCCCGGAAGUGGCCCGACCGGCCCACGCGCACGGCCUGGCCUCUACCGCCACUUUCGGCGGCGCAAUUUGCGCCUUCAUCGCUCUCUGGAUCGUCCUGGCACCCAUCGGACUCCUCCCGACGUCGCCGCCGGCUGUCCACGCCGAGCCAGCCAGUUGCCGGCUCGCACGGCAGCCUCUUCCUCUCGACCAGCCUCAACUUCGACACGGCCAGGCUGCAGCGGGGCACGACCAUCGUGCUGCCCUGUUGCAGCCUGACGUUUCCCACUGCAGCGUUGGGGAUCCUCUAG